UAAAUCCCACUCACUUCCUGCCGACCUUUCGACACCGACAGAUGUUUUUUCUUAUAAGUGUCAUUAGGGCGCUCUCUACUUGCUGACCUCAUCGCAUUUUAGUGAAGCCAUUUUCCCAAGUUCUGUUUCUCAAAUUCUGCUCACCCCAUCCUGAGUUCCGCUCUGAAAAUAAGAUCACCCCGCCUGCUCUUUCUGCCACUUUCUGUUCUGCCUCUUGGACCUGGCCCAGGGAGCUGAGCCCACCCCCAGGUCCCGCAGCGCUGGGCAGAUACGCAGCCGGAAGCACCCGGUGCCCCGGGAACUGAAGGAAGCCGUGGCUUGGAGAACGGUCUAAUGGAGACUCACAAUCCAGGAAUGCACCAAACGACCCACCACAUCCCUGUGAGCGAGAACCUUCCAGAAUCUCUAGGGUUCAUAGUGGCGUAAUGCCCACAGACUCCUGCGUGUUCCCCUAAGUUCUUAGAGGACCGCUUUGCCUUUUGAAUCAGAGAGUUGCAAAGUUCGAUAAAGAAUGGCCCUUGUGGAUAAGCACAAAGUCAAGCGACAGCGAUUGGACAGAAUUUGUGAAGGUAUCCGCCCCCAGAUCAUGAACGGCCCCCUGCACCCCCGCCCCCUGGUGGCGCUGCUCGACGGCAGAGACUGCACCGUGGAGAUGCCCAUCCUGAAGGACCUGGCCACCGUGGCCUUCUGUGAUGCACAGUCCACUCAGGAGAUCCACGAGAAGGUUCUAAACGAAGCCGUGGGCGCCAUGAUGUACCACACCAUCACCCUCACCAGGGAGGACCUGGAGAAGUUCAAGGCCCUGAGAGUGAUCGUGCGGAUAGGCAGCGGCUACGACAACGUUGACAUCAAGGCUGCCGGCGAGCUCGGCAUCGCCGUGUGCAACAUCCCAUCCGCGGCCGUGGAAGAGACGGCCGACUCCACCAUCUGCCACAUCCUUAACCUGUACCGGCGGAACACGUGGCUGUACCAGGCGCUGCGGGAAGGCACGCGGGUCCAGAGCGUUGAGCAGAUCCGGGAGGUGGCCUCGGGAGCAGCCCGCAUCCGCGGGGAGACGCUGGGCCUCAUCGGCUUCGGUCGCACGGGGCAGGCGGUUGCUGUUCGAGCCAAGGCCUUUGGAUUCAGCGUCAUAUUUUAUGACCCCUACUUGCAGGAUGGGAUCGAAAGGUCCCUUGGCGUGCAGAGGGUCUACACCCUGCAGGACUUAUUGUAUCAGAGCGACUGUGUCUCCUUGCACUGUAAUCUCAACGAGCAUAACCACCAUCUCAUCAAUGACUUUACUAUAAAGCAGAUGAGGCAAGGGGCAUUCCUAGUGAAUGCGGCCCGCGGCGGGCUGGUGGAUGAGAAAGCCUUAGCUCAAGCCCUCAAGGAAGGCAGGAUACGAGGGGCAGCCCUCGACGUGCACGAAUCGGAGCCUUUCAGCUUUGCUCAGGGUCCUUUGAAAGAUGCACCGAAUCUCAUUUGUACGCCCCACACAGCUUGGUAUAGUGAGCAAGCCUCACUAGAGAUGAGGGAGGCAGCCGCCACCGAGAUCCGCCGGGCCAUCACAGGUCGCAUCCCCGAAAGCUUAAGAAACUGUGUGAACAAGGAAUUCUUCGUCACAACAGCUCCCUGGUCAGUAAUAGAUCAGCAAGCAAUCCAUCCGGAGCUCAACGGCGCCACGUACAGAUACCCGCCAGGCAUCGUGGGGGUGGCUCCGGGCGGACUUCCUGCAGCCAUGGAAGGGAUCAUCCCCGGAGGCAUCCCGGUGACUCACAACCUCCCCACAGUGGCACACCCUUCCCAAGCUCCCUCUCCCAACCAGCCUACAAAACACGGGGACAAUAGAGAGCACCCCAAUGAGCAAUAGCAGAGAAUGACGAACGGUCAUCCUUCAGAUAAACCUGGGACCAAGAGACAGUGAAAAAUAGAUGAACUAAGAAAAGGACUUUGACCGUCUUUUUAACCGAUUCCGGACAUACGCAUCAUUGACGCUGCAGUGUUAAGAGAGCGAGAAGCCGAGGCGUGGGAAGGCUGAAGCUGUCGUCUGGUUGCGGAAGCGCUCAAAGACUAGGACGUGAUUUAUUAACGACCAACUUCUGUUGUUGUGUGUUACGUUCUUCAUCUGUGCAUCAAAUCACAAAGAAUAAAUAGAUCCUUUUCCUUUAUCAGCCCCUUGGGCACAGCAGGUCCUGAACACCUUGCUCUAGAAUGUUGCAUCAGGAGUUCCAAACGUCAAAUAAAAAAUACUAAGAGGAAAAUUCCCCCUCCUGUGACUCUAGUCCCUUCGGUCUUAGGGGGCUGGUGACCUCUUUUGCUGAUAGGAAGAUUAAACUACUCCAGAGAAGGGGGAGAAAACUGCCCGUGUGUGACCGACCGCCGCAAGCGUACAGGCUCCUCUGCGGAAGUCUCUCUCCCACCUGAACUGCGUACUGAGCGGCCGAGUUGGUUGUGAAUUCAGUAAUACCCUCUUGAUGAUGCAAAAAAAGGAAAAAAAGAAAAAAAAAAAAAGAAAAAGUAUUAAGUUUCACAAGCUGUUUGUACUCAAAUAUAUUUUCUCAGUUUCAGAUCCUCAGCUAUUUUAUUGAGUGGAAAGUCUUGAGCUAAAAGAGUUCAAGAAAAAUAAUGUUGCAUUUCCUUAUGUCUCAGGAAACACUUUUUAUGGUAACUUGUCAGAUUGUCUAUGAACAAACCCACUUUUUUAGACAUUGAUAAAUCUUCUUUUCUUCACGUGAUAUUUUAUACAAGAACACUUCAGGUGUGUUAUUAGAUGUGACUGAUUUUAACAAAUCCUAUUAGAUUUGUAUCAACUAGCUACAUGUUAUAUUCAUAGUCUUUUGUGAAUCAUCGCCUUUUUGUUUAAAAGAUGGCCUAUUUUGAGCCUUUGUAUAGGUACAUUCCUGUUUUUGUGACAAAAAAAAAAAAAAUCCUUUAAAACUGUCCCAAACAGAAAAAUAAUGGCUAUCGGAAGUGUUUUGUUUUAGUGUGUUACCGCUACUGUGUCUGUUUAUUGUAAAGGUGGACAUUUAGCGUUCAGUGCAGUUUUCAAUAAAAAGUAAUAAAAA